AUGCCUUCUCCAGAAUCCGAGUCGCCGAAUGAAGACUUCUUUAACAAUAGAUCCCAGCAAGCUCCAGACAGCGGCAAGGCGGAUGGACAAGAACCUCGGAAGGAUGGCUCGAGCAAAGUGAAAAGGAUAGCAUGUGUUUUAUGUCGAAAGAGGAAAUUGCGCUGCGAUGGCGCAAGACCCGAAUGCUCAACUUGUAAAAGGUUAAAUCACGAUUGCGCCUACGACGAGGUGCGCAGGAAGAGCGGUCCAAAGAGGGGCUAUGUGAAGCUCCUUGAGCAGCGAUUGCAACAUGUCGAGACGCUACUCAAAAGUCAGGGUGCGCCCGAAAAAACCAAAAAACCUUCACAAUCAGAUGUCACCUCCGCAUACAUUGCCAGCACGGUACGACAGCCGCUUCCGAGCUCGACCGACCCUGCCAACACGUUUGGUAUCAGUCAGGAAAGCAGUCAGGAUCAAUUCAUGUCAACCGGUGCUCCCUUUCCCCAAACAGCCGUCCAUGGCAAUGUGGGCGAAGUCAAUGUAUCCUGGGAAAUGAUAGGUCUUGGUCUAGAGGAACCUCUCCCACCUCAGGAUAUCCAAGACGACCUAUACCAGAUCUACUUUAGCAAGAUACACCUCUCGUUACCGAUGAUUCACCGUCCCCGCUUCAUGGCGGCCCUAAACCUUGCGCCUCAGAUGCGCCCUCCAGUAUGUCUGCGAUACAUAAUGUGGACUUUAGCAGCAUCGGUGGUGGACAAGUACGAGUCUUUGACUGAACACUUCUAUCAACGCGCGAGAAAAUACGCUCAAUCGGACGAGAUGAGAGGCCACGGAGAAUCGACCAUCACCCUUGCGCAUUGUCAAACGUGGGUGUUGGCAUGUACAUAUGAAUUCAGACAGAUGUAUUUUCCGCGAGCGUGGCUAUCCGCUGGGCGGGCCGUGCGAUUGGCCCAAAUGAUGCAGCUUCAUCGACUCGACGGCACCGGUCUGGAGGUCAAGCAAUGUCUUUUUCCACCAAAAGAUUGGACUGAGCGAGAGGAACGCCGACGAACGUUCUGGAUGGCGUUCGCUAUCGAUCGAUACGCCAGCAUCGGUACAGGCUGGCCCAUGAUGAUCGAUGAACGCGAUGUCUUGACUAACCUUCCAGCAAGUGAGGAGGCCUUUGAGAAGAGUAGACCGACAGCUACAGGAUCUCUGAAUGAGGUCCUCAGUCCCAACGGCGCUGCCAAUCUGCAAGCAAUGGGCGCUAUGGUACUAACAGCAACCAUGUUUGGUCGAAACCUUUUGCAUCUCCAUCGCCCUGGGCCGAACGACAACGACCACGACAUCAACGGGGGUUUCUGGAAUCGACAUCGCGAAAUCGAGCAGAUCCUACUCCAAACGUCCCUCGGCCUUCCCGAUCAUCUGCGGUUGCCGACCAAUCUUGCAAGUCCUAACGUGGUCUUUGCGAACAUGUGCAUACAUACUUCCGUCAUAUGUCUUCACCAAGCAGCGAUUUUUAAAGCCGACAAGUACCGGUUACCUGCUAGGGUGGGUAAUGAAAGCAAGAUUAGAUGCGUGACUGCAGCAGCAGAGAUUGCAUCCAUCAUGAGAAUGAUAAGCCACAUGGACCUGAGCGCAAUGAAUCCAUUCAUAUCCUUUUGCAUAUAUGUGUCAGCGCGAGUAUUCGUCCAAUACCUCAAGGCACGACCGAAAGAUCAGCAAAUGAUGUCCUCGCUCCAAUUCCUCCUCCAAGCCAUGCACGCCCUACGCCGCAAAAACCCACUCACUGAAUCCUUCCUCGUCCAACUCGAUCUCGACCUCGAGAGCGCCGGUAUCCAGGGGCUCCACCAAAAGGCUUCUGUACCGCAGAUACCGCGAGCGAGGAACCAGCAUUGCACCAACCCUCUGGUCACUCCUCAAGAGACGCAAAUACCCAAGCCAUCACCCAUGGAAGCAUUCAGCAAUAUCACCCACAGCGAAACUCCAGGCUCGCAUUACGCAAGCACCGCGCCUGCUCCUCCCUUCCACCUCCACGACAUCAACGGCAUCGACAUGACCACACAACCAAACGAUACCUACAUGCACUCCCAUACCACUCCCCUCCACAACACAAACAGUACUCCCCAACCCCCCCACUUCCCCACCUCAAAUUUCCCCUUGGACUUCACCGACGCAUCCGAAAUGCAUCUCACCACCGACCUUCCUUCCCCUACAACCAUAUCCUCCCCCUCCCGCGGCGCCUCGACUUCGCACUCCGCAUACUCCCCCUCCGGCCCCCAACCCAGCCUUCCCCACCGCAAUUCUCCAAAACUACCACUCGCUCACACGACCAUGCCGGCGUCGACCGCGAACCCAGUGUCGGUAGCACACGACGACGUACCCAUGUUCUCAGCCUUCCAGCACCACGCCACCGCCCAUCAUCAAAAUCUGCUGGGAAAUCCGUUUGCGGCUGCUGAUGCCAUGGCCGAAGCUGGAUAUCACGACGGGUGUUUUAUGGGCGGGGAGUGGGAGUUUGCGGGUAGGGAGGCGGGCAUGGGUAUGGGGCCUUUGGUGGCGGAUGGGGGUUGGGAUGUAGUGCUUGAGGGAGUUGGGGUUGGGGGUUUGGAUGAGGGUGAUGGUGGAGGGGGUGGACUUGGGCUGGGUUGGUAA